AUGGCUCACAUCCGAAGCAUUAUUGGCUACUUUGCUUACGAGCUCGUUCCUCAUGGUGGCAAGCACUUCCAAUCCCAGUCAUCCUUUGUGUCCUCACUUCCUUUGUCGCUGGAUUUCAUCGGGUUCAAAUCCAGGGAGAUCAGGUCUAAAAAGGCCACCACGCCCAAGAGUAGCGACAUCGAAAUCGCGCUUCUCCAUUUCAAAAUCAAGCCAUUGCUUCAGUUACUCUCAUAUAAAGCCAACGAAAGCUCUAUCUGUUUCGUCGAUUACCCCCCACCUGAUGGCGUGAUAAGACCACCGCCGUUUCCAAAGAGACCCAGCUUGUAUGAUGAGGUAGAAUGGGGACAGCAUGUGACUCAGAAUGACGCCCGCAUUGCCCAUCGCUUCUGGUACCUCGCGGACUCGAGGCUUCGAAAUACCCUUGAACGGGGCGAAAGGCCGUUCUUGCACCCAGAGAAUGACGAGGAGGCGGCUGCAAUGCCAUUACACGCCUUGGCACAGGCAGUUUAUGAGCAUUUAAUGCGAGACCAUCUUCUACCACUGAACCCUAACGACUGGGAGACAGAACGGACGGAUCACUCAUGGGCUUUCCAAGACAUCUUCGAAGACCGUCCUUGGACCUUUUUUAAAUCCAUGUUGGUUCAGUCCUUGAAAUCCGAACAGCUCAAAGAUGCUCUCAUUGAACGUGGCCUCGAAGACCGGGGGACUGUGAGUGUACUACGCCAGCGUCUUGAAGCAUACCAGGUAGAAGGGCCCAAGUGUUACCGGGCUUUGCGUCGCAGUGACCUCUCCCAUUGGGGGAUUGACAGAACCGAUAUCAGCCGUCUGUUUGCAAUCAACAUAUCGGAGAACGAGAGAGCAAGUACACUUGACAUGUACACUUGCGCCAUCCUGAGAAGUCCUUACAAUCCUGCUUACUGGAUGAGUCGAGCUUAUUGCCAUUAUCGACACGCCUUGUUCGAUCUUGCCAUCGGAGAUGCCUAUCGAGCUCAGCUCCUGGUCGAUGUGUUGGUCAAUCCCAUGAGACGGAACGUCCAGCCUGGUCUCUACACUCGGGUCUGGCAUGCGAUCGAGCAACACAUCAUAGUUGGCGCACAGAAGGCAGAGAUUAAUUUGCUGCGCGCCGGCAAUGGUGUCAACUACUUUGUCCCUACAAUGAGGAAGGCACUUCAUAACAUCAUCUGCCUCAGUCUCAUGGCUCUCCAAAGCUGGAAUGACCAGGCUAUAUUUGAAGACGAUCUUACAAACAAGAUUAUCAUGAAUGACCGCGACACACAGCCAUUUAAACGGCGCCAAAAGAUGGUUCGCCUCAUACAAGGCGAAUGGGAACGGAAUAAGCCGUUGGAUUAUGGACGCAAUCACCUGUACCAUGAGAAACAUAAUGGCCGUAGCUAUGGAGGCACACCUUACCCCUACGACGCGAAUGACACAAUGAGGCUACCAAAGACCGGCGAAGGGGAAGGCCUUGCCGCAAAGGCAUCCGAUUUUUUUGUCACGAAAAAUGCCAGUCUUCCCUGGAAGAAUUGCAAGAUCGCGAUGGAAAGAGAAAAAAGGUAUAUGAUGGUGGCAACGGAAAAUAUAGCGAAAGAUGAGCUUAUCUGGGUCGAGAUACCUGCAGCUAGGGGCCACCUCGGCGUCAAAAGACCCACACUCCCUAGGGAUCACACCCCUGAGCGGAAGUAUACUUGUGAUAACUGCCAAAGACCGGUCACCCGCGAAGAUCGGCAAAAGCAGAAAGAUCAACAUAAUGCUAGAGAAGCAUGCCGAUGUAUUGACUGCGAACCUCGCCUGGUUUUCUGUCCUGCUCGGGGAGAUGACGGCGAUGAAACUUGCGCCGAGAACGCACGGAGACGAUACCACUUCAGAGCAUGUGGGAAAGAUUGGGCAUGGCUUCAUGAUGCCAUGAGACCUUUCGUCUCUACCUUCAAGGGGAGUAAAAAAUGGCUUUCGCAUUCUAAUGAAAAGCAUGGCACGGUGAUGAGCCUCCUUCUCCGGGAAGUCUUCGAUAUUACUCUUCUCAGACGGGAGAAGCAUCCUGGUCUUCAGGCGCACGAGAUCGACGAGCUCCUCGCUCUGGAAGGUCGCGCGGAUUGGAAGGAUCAAAACUUUCCUUUCACCUUCGCCGCAAACAUCCAGGUCCCCAAUGACAUCCUGAUGUGCCUGGGCGUUGACAUUUUCCGAGAUCUCAGUUUUGAUACCUGGGUGAUUCAGCUGGUAUUACAGAAACUCUUGGUCAAUGCCAUACCUUGGGACCAGGGCUUGCGCACCAAAAUACCAAGAAGCGACAAAAUGAAGCGGGGUUGGGAAUUUCCUUCACGCAGUCGACAAGAAAACUGGCCAGAGGAAAAGUUUGAGAAGUAUGACCCCACUUGUCGGUUCUUAUACCUAUUUCCAGGAUUUAGCUUCUUUGAUCAUGCCUGCAACGACAACGGCAAUGCGCAAUGGGGUUACGACACGGACGUUCCCAAUCGUUUGCUUGUGUGGGCCACCAGACCGAUCAAGGCCAGCGAGGAGAUUCGUAUCUCGUAUAUCUCCGACAAAGAUAGAGACGAGAGGGAACCUGUACUGGAACGUGUGCUAGGGAAGCCAUGCAACUGUCCUGGGCCAACGCAUGGCGCACAAGAUGGGCCUGCUUCACCUGCACCGGGUCCUCUUUCUUCUGCGGAACCCCCUACACCUUCUCCUUCGAGACGAUAAGCUUCUCAAGCUCCAUCCCACGAUAUUCAGAAUCCAUUCGGGGUCGAGCAAAUUUAGGGUGGAGCUGGCCAGGGAGCCGCUCAGCGAUUAGGCAAAAUCAACCAAGCAUUUGGAAUGAAUGCGCAUCACAAUUGUGGAAACCAUGAUCCCGAAGGUCCCGGUUUUCUAGCCUUUAAAACUCGGUGCUCUUUGUUUUGCUAUGGUUACUGCCCUCGUUCUGUUUUUCGAUUGUCUCCGCUUUUUAUACGUUUCAUCGUUGAUCCCGCGGAAAAAUACAAAACCCCAACACAUCCGAGUAUACUACUAUGCACUGGCAAUACAAGCAAGACGAAGAAUGGUAUACUUUUUUUUCAUAUGAAAUCCC